AUGCCCCGCGGGUAAAGAUGGCGACAGAGGAGGCGGAGGAGGAGUGCAGGAGAUCAACUCUAUGCGACCAGCGGCUCCAGGAUCAGAUUUUCCAGUAGCGAGUAGCGGAAUAUUCCACAAGUUCCAGCCGAGCUUAGCGCCCCGCGGACGGAACGGGAGGAGUGAUCCAGCCCGGCGGAGUGAGUCUCACCACCGAGUGUCUCACUACCGAGAGAGUGUCGGGAGGUUCAUGCGGACUCCGUCCUGAGUGGAGCGGAUAAAGUUUGUGACGACAGUCCGCCCGCUGGCACACAUUUCCGGGGGAUUACCUGAUCCAGCCCCGGCCAGCGUCACCAGCCGCGACCCGCCGAGGGUAGCGGGAGCGUCUCAUGCCCAGAGGGAGAGGCUCUCAUGCCCAGAGGGUGAAGGUGGUCCGCCGGCCGCCGCAGCCUGGAGGCAGGAGGAGCAGGAGCUAACACACAAGGAUAACCACGACUCGGAGCCCCCAGCUGGCCACGCCCCCGCGCCACGCCCAGGAUGACCAGCGCCGCCCCCAGCAGGAAGCCGUACCGCCGGGCGCCACCGCAGCACCGCGAGACACGCCCCCCGCCCCAGCUCUACAGCGGGGAGAUGCCCCCGGCCACGCCCCCACCCCCGCCGCCGCCGCCCUCGUCGUCGCAGCCGGACCCCGGCCAGGAGGCGCUGUCGGACGCAGACAGGAUCAGAAUCCUCCAGCUGCAGAAUGAAGAGCUGCGUCGCUGCAUGUCUCAUGGCAACCACAAGAUGGAGUCCAUGGAGGUGGAGUUUGAGAACAGCCGUCACUACAUGCAGACGGAGCUCAGUCGCACCCAGGACGACCUGGACAAGAUGAGGGACAAGUUCAGGAGACUCCAGAACAGUUACACAGCGUCCCAGCGAGCCAAUCAGGAUCUAGAAGAGAAGCUCCACGCCCUGGCCACCGUCAGCCAGACCUGGGUCCAUGCACUGCGGAAGGUGGAGCGGGACAAGAAGACCAUGGACCAGGAGAUUGUGGAGCUCACCAACAAGCUGCUGGACGCCAAGAACACCGUCAACCGGCUGGAGGAGCUCAACGAGCGCUACAGACAGGACUGUAACCUGGCCGUCCAGCUGCUCAAGUGCAACAAAUCUCACUUCAGGAACCACAAGUUCUCUGACCUCCCGUCGGAGCUGCAGGUCAUGGUCCAGAGGCACAUGAAGAGCAGCCUCCCGGAGGGAGGGGGGCCCUCGUCCCCGGGCCCCCAGGAGCCCGACACCCUGAGCCUGACGCCGGCCGACGUGGUGCCCACUUCGGUCAUCGCCCGCGUGCUGGAGAAGCCCGAGCCGCUGCUGCUCAACUCGGCGCAGUCCUGCAGCGCCACGCGCCCCGCCUCCGAGGACGUGUUCGUCCACGUGGACAUGACGGGCCCCGGGGCCCCGCGGCCCAACGGGGGGGCCCCCGGGGGCCAGCACAACGGCUCGGCCGGCCGGCGCCCCGAGACCCCCCUCACCCCCGGUGGGGGCGGGGGCGAGGAGGGGGUCGGCGCGGGGGGGCGGGGCGGUAACUCCUCCUCCUCGUCCUCGUCGUUCGAGAAGCUGAGCCCCUACCCGGCGCCGCCCCCGCCCCACCACCCCCACCCGCUGUACCCCGGCCGCAAGGUCAUCGAGUUCACCUCCGACGACAAGGUGAAGAUCCCCAAGAACUCGCCGCUGCCCAACUGCACCUACGCCACGCGCCAGGCCAUCUCCCUCAGCCUGGUGCAGGCCGACGCCCCCCCCAGCCCCGCCCACUCCGACUCCGGCUGGCGCUCGGCCGCCUCCUCCUCCUCCUCGCCGCCGCCGCCGCCGCGCCCGCCGGCGGCGGCCCCGGGCCCCCUCUCCGGGGGGUCCAGCCCCUUCAGCUCGCCGCCGCAGCCCCCCAGCUCGGCCAGCUCGGAGGAGGACCUGCUCCUCAGCUGGCAGCGCAUGUUCGUCCAGAAGGAGGCGCCGCCGGCCGCGCUGCAGCACCGCACCUCCUUCAGCCGCGACUCCGCCCGCCAGCUGGGCCUGGGCGGGGCCUCGGGCGGGGGCGGGGCCGCCGAGCGUCAGCGGGGGGGCGUGGCCGCGUACUCGGACGGCGAAGAGGGGUCGUCGGCGCCCAGCUGGACGGCGAGCCGCGAGUCGAGUCUGGACACGGACAGCAGCAGCGUGGCGGACCCCCGGCCGGGCAGGGGGCACCCCCCCCCGCCGCCCCCGGCCGGCCUGGACCCCCGGGGAGACCCCCCGCACGCGCCCCAUGACGCCGCCACCGCCGUCGCUAUGGCGACCCACGGGGAGCCGCUGACCCCGACGCCGGCGCCCGUGAUGCAGCGCGAGGAGUCGACUCAGGAGGAGGAGGAGGGGGAGGAGGAAGGGGAGGGGGAGGAGGAAGAGGAAGAGGGGGGGUCGGUGGGGAGCUGGGCGGAGGAGCGGGACGUCCUUCCCUGCGACCUCCCCGUCAUCACCCCCACCCGCCACCUGGAGUACCCCCCUGACCACGCCCCCCCGCCCCCGCCCGCCCCGGGCUACACCCCCCCGGGGCGGGGCCAGAAGAACCCCAAGAGGAUGGGGGUGCACCAUCUGCACCGCAAGGACAGCCUGACGCGCGCCCAGGAGCAAGGCACCCUGCUGGACUAGAACCCUCACCCUGCCUCUACUGACUGCUGGCUCCCCUCCUGGUUUCUAUGACGACCAUCCAGACUCCUCCCACCGCCCCCAUCCAGGAAAUAGCCAUACUGCCGUAUGCUGCCGGCUCCUGUACACACACACACACACACACACACACACACACACACACUCACACUCACACAGUCACACUCUCUCACCCUCACACUCUCUAACUACGACUCUUUCAGUGCCUAUCUCUGUCUGGGUGGAGGGGGGUGGGGUGUUGUUGCUCCGCCCCCUCUCUCCUAUUGGUCAGCCCUCAUCAGAAUGUUCCGAGCAACAUGGCGCCACCAGAACCCGUCUCCCCCCCCCCUCCCUCCCCCACAAACUGUCGCCCUCAUGGGGAGGUGAUGUCAUAGUAUUGAUUUAUUAUCGUUUUCCAUUGAUGAUCCAGUGUUGUUAUUAGUGUUAUUCUUCGGUUUCUCAUCGUGUCUUUUUUGCGUUUAAGAUUUAACUUUAGCUCCGGCCAUCGCUGGUGAUGUCAUGGAUGCUCCGCGCGUCACGUCACUCAUCGAUCGGUCAGGUUCUGGAUCGAUCACAUCUAUUGAUCGGGGCUGUCCUGUGACCUGGACGUGAUUCAUGUCGACACACACACACACACACACACACACACACACACACACACACACACACACACACACACACACACACACUCUCUCACACUAUUACAUUAUGCAUGUUAUGCAACAAGGUGCGUUUCCUCCACCGGUAUUGGCUCCUAACAGAGCGCUGUCAUUGGUGCUCCUUCCUGGCCAAUCGGCGUCCUCGGCUCGUUGUCCUUGCUGACCUGCCUUCCGAAAGCCUCUUUAUAUUUAGAGCCUCAUAACCAUCUCAUUUAUCCUUUAAGAUGUAUUUUACUUUGUGUAUAUUUUGUGUUGUUAAGCGAGGACUUGACUGGUUUGGGGUGUUGUGCGUGUGUGGGUUUGUGUGCGUUUCUGUUGUCCUCACUGUCACCACAUUCUUGUUGUGCGUCUGUUGCUCGAGUCAGCAUGUCGCCAUUACAACAGCAUGUUGCCGAAACCACGCCCUCCGUGAUUGUGUGGCCACGCCCAUACGGCCACGCCCACCAUAGACUACUUGAUUGAUCUGAUUGAUUGUUCUUCCAAUCAAAUCCCCCCCUCGCCCACACACACACACACAGCUGAUUGUACUACCAUGGUACACCUGGUAACCGUGGUAACCAGGUUGUCAUCCACUGUCUAACUGAUCAAAGUCUGUUUGAACGCUCACUGUAUACGCCGCCCACAUCUGCUUGUUCCCCAAAACCUAAAUGGAUGUAGAGGGGUAUGAUGUCAUGGCUCUAGAUGGGUAUGAUGUCAUGGCUCUAGAAGGGUAUGAUGUCAUGGCUCUAGGAGGGCAUGAUGCCAUGGCUCUAGAAGGGUUUGAUGUCAUGGUUGUAAGGGGGUAUGACGUUAUUCAGGAUCUCAUAACGAAGACCAGGAAUGUGAAUGCCGGGAGGAGCGAUGAUGUUUGGAAAACGUUCACUAUUGUGAGGAAGUACUCAGCAAGCUCUUCUGGUGUGUGUGUGUGUGUGUGUGUGUGUGUGUGUGUGUGUGUGUGUGUGUGUGUGUGUGUGUGUGUGUGUGUGUGUGUGUGUGUGU